AUGGCUGCCUUUAACAUCUUUUGGGCUCUUUGUUUUCUACCGUUAACAUCAUCUUACGAUGUACACUAUGGCCAUUCAUUCAAUACACGCAAGCAAACGCAUUAUCCCUUGAGAGAAAGAUUUCCUUGGCAUGUGUUCGUGAGUUCUGUGAACUGUAGCGGAGUUUUAAUUCAGGAGCAAUGGAUUUUAUCAUCAGCCUUGUGUACUAAACUCGUGAAAGCGAAAUUGAACUCAAAACACAAUGUGGAUAGCGAUCACUCGACAGUGUUCAUCAGAGUUGGCAAUCAUCAUGUCGAUCUUCAAGCACGAGGCGAAGACACAGCACCGGUACUGAGAGCGCUUGUAUAUCCUAAGUAUAAUGCUUCAGCUUCAACUGGUAACUUCGGUCUACUGUAUCUUGCACGCAAAGUUAUGCUGCCUGAUGAUCUUCCCGUAUCACACGCGAAACUGCCAGAUUUUGAGACCAACAACGUCUCGCGCCGUCUACUCGGAAAGAUUACGGGCUGGGGUCACUUAUCUGGGCGAAGUUCCCAGUUUAAAACGCUCGUUCAAAGUGAUGUUUUGUUAACUCCUGGCCGGGAUUGUCAUCGGAGUUUCAGAGACAGGAGCAAGGGAAAACUGUUAGAUAAAUCGUGGUGUGCUGUAGCUGGAACUAAAGGAAUGUGUUCAACUGAUCAAGGAAGCCCGGUUGUUAUCAAGCAGGACGGUCAUUGGGCUGUAGUUGGUGUUUACACGUACGGACCGACUUGCUCUUCCACUACUAGGGACGUCGCGUUAUUUUCAAGAAUUGACCAUGAAGUGCUUCAAUGGAUUGAAAAACUCUUCACAGUUGGAGGUGGGAGAAAGAUUAUUAUCGUUAUAUCAACAAAGAGUAAUGAAUAACCAGGUUGCUUUAUAUCCCGGGGGGGGGAGGAGAGGAGUACUUCCUUAUAAGCCAAUGGGAAUGUGCCUCUGAUUGGGGUCGUAUUUUCACAACUGGAUUGACUAUAGUGGAAUUGCAUUUUCAAUAGGGUUACUAGAAAGAGGUUGCACAUUUUCGUGAUUUCGCGCGUGAAAGAUUGUUACCGUAUUUCAAGUCGUGCUUUCCUUUUUAAAAGGCUUCAUAUGGUAAAUGCAUAACCAGAAAGUGACUAACUUGGGAGUGCGAAAAUUACAGUUGCUCAAAAGACUACGAUGGGGUCUAUAACUGGCUUCAGUUAUGGGGUAGGGGUUCUGGGAGGCCAAAGGCACAAACGCAGCAAAAAUUGACCCAAAUUCCCUUCCCCCCCCCCCCGAUUUCUGUUUCUUCCUUGGAGGAAUACAAACUUUCCUUUGCAUCUUGACUUAUUUCUUCUCGUUGAUUAAGGAGAAUUUCCUACGAUAGUAGUUCAUUUUAUCGGGGUGAUAGUUUUUAUUAUCACUACCUUUCAUCCAUUGUGUGGAUAUUGUGGUCAGAAAUGUUACAUGAACCAUAAGGUACCAAUGGUAUAACGUAUCAUGAACGAAACCCGCGAUUUGUCGCUCUGUGUAAAAGAGCUGAUCCAUCCCCAUAAUCAUUCCUUGUUUAGAUAUUCCUCUACAAAACUGAUUUAACUUUCGUUCGACGACUUGGUUUGUAGCUCCGGACCAACUCCCCUAAAUUUUAUUCCGAAGCUUGAUAAUUUUUUCCGUGCAUGUGCAGCCGUGUGUAUUUAAAUAGGGAAAAACGUGAACGCCAAGGCGCAUGCCCGGAGCUCAUACGGAAGAUUUCAUCGGAAACGACUUUAUUGAAUUUCCGUUGUUUAGACAUGUCUUAUCUUAUCAUCACGAUGAUCUGUGAACUGAAAUGAUCAUAUCAGUGAAAGAAUGAGCAAUUUACUCUGUAAGGUCAAAUGUCUUCUUAUCUGGUGUUGUUGUGGUUGUUGUUGUAGUUUCUAUGUGAUUACUGACCUCACACCAGGAAACUCGAUUAAUACUCAAUACUAGACCCAUCAACUUGACUGAAACAUUUUUUUUUCACCGAUAUCUUGACUGCUACGCUCUUUUUCGUCCGUUUGAAACAUUUGCAAAGAUGCAGGUUUCUUUGAUAGCGACAGCUUAGAAGAGGUGACUGAGAUAUUAGUAUUUACGCUCGCUCCUCAGCGACGUCAUUUCUACAUCACAGUAAAUUGUCGUCUUCAUUUAUGCCGUAGACAAACCACAGUGUCACCCAUCAGGUCACAAAAUUCUCGACAUUCCUGCACGUGCACAGUCCAAUCAAGUGGACUCAGUGCUCCCCCUGUGUGAUAACAAGUUAGAGGAGGCUUGGUACAAGUUGGAGCUUGAUGGGAUUCCCGCCGAAAUUCCUACAAGCUGCCCUGAGAUUGGUUCGUGUGGUACGCAUGCUCAGAUUUGGUUGCAACCCGCGGGACAUCCCGAGUUUGGAGAGGAGAAGAAUGGCAGCGCAUGCGUAGCAUGGGAGGGAGUGGACAGGUUUUGUUGCUUGUGGCGGUUACCUGUUCACGUGAUUCACUGUGGUGGCUUCUUAGUUUAUCAUUUAAAGAGGACGGACGAUUGUUCGGCUUACUGCGCUAAAGAAGGUGAUUAAAAUUUGUCAGGCAAGCAACUCCACCUUGGUACAAGUAUAAUUGUAGGUUUCUUUUUCAAACUAAACUCAGUGAAGUGUCUUGGGUUGUUAUGACUGUCUCGUAAUCUGCCAACCUCGCGAGUGUUUCCAUGAGGCUAUGUAAACACAUGAAAGACAUCUCUGCUUUUAUUAGACAUUCCUAAAAACAUCCGUGAAACUAAAACUUCACCAUUGUGUUUACAUACUCUCGUUUAAACACACCUUCGGACCAAACAGGGUGCACCCACUACCUCAUAUAUUCCCUAAAAAAGCCAAAAUUAUUUCAGCUCGGCUGUGCACUCACCCAGUGACACAGCACGAUGUCUAACUAGUAGAACUCCUCUUUGGUUCCUUUUCCGUUGGCUGGUUGACUUGAAAAACGAAAAGCCAAAAAUAUACAUAAGAAAGUAAUUGUAGAAUUUUUUUUUCAGCCGACAAAGUUCCUUGUGGACCCGGUAAGAUAGGAUAUGCACCAAAAUGUAGAGGUAAGUAAUAUGUCAACUGCAGGUUAGACGAGAGACCACAUCAAUUUGGUAUACAACAGGAGUAAGCUAUGUGAUAUCUCGACAGUGGCCGCUGUAGGAACUUUAAGAAGCUAAGUAGUAAUUUUUUUACAACACAGUCAAUAAACUAAUCUUCACCAAAUACUAUCACCUUAAAUAUCUCUUCACAGUUCGCGAACAAUAUCCCAUUUUGAAUGGUCCCCCACAGAUCACACCAGUAGUCCCCCCGGAUAACAUCCUGGCAGGUGAAUCAAUCCAUCUUCUAUGUACGUACGACAUCUUAGCUCCAGGACCCUAUCGAGUUGGGUACAAAGUCACAUGGUAUAAACUCAUAAGCUUCUUGGGUGGAAAGCCUGGGAAAUUGGUACUGCUAUCCAACAGGACAGAAGAGACCGCGGUGGUGAUUAGCACCAAGUCAGCUGAGUUUUACCUCGGCGACAGAGUGAGUGCUGCUCGAUGUUGAUAAUAAGAUGAAUUCGUGGUUAUUGUUGUUGAAGGUCAUGAGUAUUGUUUGUUUUCCUCAGAUCAUUUGUGAAGUGAUGGCGUUUUUCUUAGAGAGUCCAGAACGAACAAGUCCUACUUUCUCCAGCGAUGAUUUCUUCGUUGGAAUUAAGGCAAGUCUCACUCUUCCCCUCAUCAUUGACUUAGACGUGAAGAGUGAAACUAGGUCUUUGAGCCCUUUGUAAAGCUUUGUAAAGCUUUGUAAAGCUUUGUAGUCCCUUUACGCCAGUUAUAGUAAAAGUCAUAACCAAAGAGGAAGUGACAUCUUUUCAAGGCGCUCGGUUGGGCAUAAAAAAUAGACCUUUUAAAAAUGUAAAACAAAUGUCAACUCUUCUUUGCUUUAGUUUACCUGCUCAAAAUUAGCGGCGCGAAUACCAAAAUAUCUACUUUUCGAUUUGCUUGUUAUUGUUAUGAUAUUCUCCCAGCACUGAUGGAGGGUAAGUUUGUGGUUAGGGGAGGGGGGGGGGGUUUGGAUAUGGAUACCCCUAGUCGCUUCAUGGAAAGAAAACCUGGAUAAGCUCCGGCUGGAUGGGCCAUUUAGCUCGAGCAUAGAGCAUGUCACUGCCACCAUUUCAGCUUCCUCUCUACCUCGUGCCCAGCAGUAACCAAAUGAUAUCAUCAUUUCUGACAGGUUGAACCUUCGUCUCUUGUUACCUCAGAGGACCAUAAAAUCAGGGAAUUCGUUUUGAGACUAACAGUGCCCCUUAUCUGUCAGCCGGACCACCCCAACUGCACGAUACGGAUAUCAAUGCUCUUAGUACCAGUAGGUAUGAAGCAUACAACUAUGAUAGUUUACAAAAAAUGGCAACCUACAAACGACUUAUUCACGACAUUUGUACCACAAACUAACCAAACAAGACGACUAAACAUUAUCGAUGGGUCGAAACCGACUAAUCACGACAGGGUAAUUUGGUAUUAUCAACAGAGCUAAUAACGUAAAUUAACCACCGUUUAGAGUUUCAAAGCUGACGUUUCGAACGUUAGCUCCUUGGUCAGUGCGAAUGACGAGGGGCUAACGCUCGAAACGUCAGCUUUGAAACUCUUAAAGGUGGCCAAUUUACGUUACCAAAUCAGUUGAUAACACCAAAUUACCCUGUUAUACUCUCCCACCGACGCAGCAACACAGUUUCUUCAGAAACGUACCUCCUUCAAUCAUGACUACCUUACGCCACGUGGGUCUUACUGCCAUUAAUAUCAUGGCUAAACUGACCAAUCAGUUCACACGAACCGGAGUUAAAGCACUCGACUGUCAGCAAAUCUUCACUUGACUCUGAUGAUGACUUCCGCUAGGUCUAUCGAAACCUUAAUCACUACUACGGACAAGAGUCCUUUUAAUGUGCACACGUUUCACGUUGUGUCAGUUCCCGCGUGAAAGAAACAUCGAUGCCUAGGUGUAGCUAACUAGUCUGUCUGCUUUGUUGUCUCUACUCAGUAGACCAUCUACAGACGUUAUUAACUUCAGAUAUAGCCCUAUCCACCUGUGAAGUGAUACUGAAACCGCAACCCUGCUCUCGCCGUGACUGUGGGCGCAAGGUUGUUCGGUUUGUUGCUGUUUCAGACUACGUUAAUGACGGAGACCGCAGGACACGUAUUAUAACGGAGCCUGCACGGAGCCAGUCGCUGCUUUGGAAAUCUUACGAUCCAGCUGAUGUUUUUGUAAGCAUUACAUUUCAGAUGCAAAUGCUAUAUUUGUGUGUAUAUAUAUAUAUAUAUGUGUGUGUGUGUGUGUGUGUGUGUAUAUUGAGAAGUGGAACAGUGCGUGGAACAGUGCUCAAUACGUUGAAGCAGAGCAGAAUAAAUAUUAUGAGAGGAAAAAAGGACGCAACUAUAUUUCCCGACAAGCCUGUUUCGUGAAUCGCUUCACUCUUCAGGGGUUUAAUGGUUUAAACCCCUGAAGAGUGAAGCGAUUCACGAAACAGGCUUGUCGGGAAAUGUAGUUGCGUCCUUUUUUCCUCUCAUAAUAUUUAUAUAUAUAUCUAUGUAUAUGUGUACGUAUAUAUAUAAAUAUUUGUUUAAUGGAAAGCAUUUCUUUCGUAAUCAAGGUCGUAUGUCAUUCAGGUUUUGUCCUGGCAUUUCUUUUUUAACAGGUUCUUUCGAAGGAUGUGAAAACCCCACGAUGUUACCUAUUCACGGAGUCUCAUAUGAGGACACUCACCGGCAGGUAACAGCUCAUCAGUGAAGGUAGUUUUCGCUAGAGUAGGUCGCUUCUGAAGUAAAGAGCGAUUUGUAUCGUUUUUCCGUUUCGUUACUGAUCUAGGCUUCUUUGUUUACUUCAUUAAAUAGGCAGAAAAUCAAAUUAAGAAGUAGAUUCAGUAAAUAUUGAAUACAUCGUAGGCAAAAUAAACAGCAUUAAAACGUGUGAAUAGUUUUGUGCCUUACUCUCAUACAAAGGCUUUUUCGACUUAUGAGUAUUUCCUAUUUGCUAACUCACUGACAGGUAUUACCGGAUUUCAGCCGGAGCGACGACAUUUCUGCUGUAUAAAAGUUCAACUAGGCCGUUUGAGGUUUGCAGUAGUCGUUGUAGUGGAAUAUUUAGGUGCAGCUUUAUACCAUUCCCCUCUUACUCUUCUUAGAAGGUCCUGUGCACAAGUAUCAUGUCUUUGUUUGUUCAAUCCAUUACAGGUUCACACGCGACUUUGGGCUUGUAGCAGGUCUAGAAACCGGGGAUUUUGCGCAUGUGGAGUCGCUGCAAGAGAUGGGGAUGACGUAAUCGAGAUCGAUAUGUGCCAUGGAAGAUUUAAGGAGACCAGUGUCCAAAUAUCUAUUAGGUCCAGGCUACCUCUUGCAAAAGGAGUACGGAUAACAGAGGCUAUAACUGGAAAACGGUACACGGUGGGUGCAUGAACACCAACAAUUGGGACCAAAAAAAAGUCGUGAAGCGACGAAUGUUUUCUUCUUCUAAUUGGAUUUUCCUUGUAGGAGACGCGGUGGUAAUUAGUGGCUGGACGCCUGGUCAAGAGGUCUGGGAUCGAGACUUGACAGUUCACUCCCCCAGUGCCUUCCCCCUGGAGUAUAAAUGGGUACCGGCAAACUGUCAGGAAAGCCUGAUGUAAUGCUGGAAGGUGGGAGUGAGCUUGCAAUGGAUUUACAUCCAGUCCAGGGGGUAGGAGUGAUAACCCGGUCGUUUCAUUCUAAGGAAACCGGGAUAGGUACCGGCUGGGUGGGCCACUUGGCUCGAGCACAGACUUCACCUAAUUAGGUUUUCGUCGCUUGAAGAAAAUGGAAGUUUCUGAGACACCAUUUUCUGUUACCAGUAACUUUGAUCUGUUUCUUCCUUUGUAGGUGUAUUUUCCUUCAGGAGUUUAUGUUCGGGUGGACGUGUUUAAUUGGGGAUUGAAUUUACAAAUACAAUCAUCUGGACGAGAUCUCAAUCAAGUGACAGGUUUAUGUAGCCUCGGUGAGGUCGGCAGUUCUCUUCAAACAGCAAACGAAGGUUUACCACCUGAGUUGAAUGACACACAACAGUGGAGGUAAAAACCGCCCUGUCCCUACUCUUCCCCCCUCCACGGCUAAUUGAAAUCUUAAUCACUCACAUGCGUUUCUGUUAAAAGUUCAGUUUAACUCUUAACCCUUUCACUCAUAAGAUCUCAUCCGUAAUUUUCCUUACUGUCUGUUACAUAAUUCUUAUGAAGUUAGCUCAGAGAGUCUGGUAUUGGAUCAAUUAUUGAUUCCCUAAUUGACAUUUUUCUUUAUUCUCAUUACUUGUCUGCUUGAUAUUGUACUGAUGUUGUAUAGCGAGGAGAAUCACUCAUGGAUGGUAAAGGUUUAAUAGUUUAGACAAACCAACCCAUCAUUACAACAUCGAUAUUUCGUUUUGACAGGAUACUUGACGACCAUAGUUUAUUUAAUUAUAAACCAGUACAUUACCGACUCCACCCGACAGAAAAGCCCUUCUGUUUGUGCACCUUAAACAGCAAUAUUGAAAAGAAAAAAAAAUGUGCUUCCUGUGAGGCUAAAUGUAGAAGACACCAGCAUGUGAUAUGGCCAGUACUAUUCCGUGAAAGAGACAUCACCAAACGAGUUCUCGCGCUACAAACUGGCCGCGUUCUUGAGCGUAGAAGCAACCAGUCAAAGGGCGAUCACUAUCUUCGAUACCAUCUGACAAACCAGUUGAACUUGUCAGAUGAAGGAAAACCUGACACCUUUUUAGCUGUCUUGGCUGUGGUUAGCUACUGCAAGAGGCUGCUGACUGACACCCCGCUGGGAAAAGCUUGUAUUCAUUUAGUUGGUCAGCGAAUUGUCGAUCAACUACAGAGGAUUUGCAUAAGAGACACUAGGGUACUGCCAUUGUCUUUUUCUUUCUUUGCUAGUGACUGUGUCUGCUUUGUAUGUUGAUGUGUUUGUAUACACUCCUAUCUGCAUGUGCUUUCCUUCAUGUUUUCCUGACCCUUCUCAAUCUCUUUAUUUUUAAACUAAUGCUUCUACUUGUGUCCAUUAAAGUGUGAGUUGUAAAUAAAAGCUUGUUUGACGCUUCUAAUCUUCUUACGCUAGUAUGGUUUUAGUUCACAGGUGUGACAGGAAUGGCCUGGGGAGUAGCUUCAAUGUUACAAGACACGUGUGAAGAAACACUUCUUAAAGACACCUCUCUGUGGGAGAGGUCUUUCUUAGCUGAAGGGCUGACACCCCCCAAAAGGAUAAAAAACGUUAUGUGCCCGCGACUGUGUAGUGAUCGAGGAAGGUGUAUCAAUGGAGCUUGUAAAUGUCGGCGAGGUAUUCCAGUGUUUUAAGAAUCCUUAGAUGUUUCCACGUUAAUUAAGUAACGGCAUCUCCAACGACUAAUUUCUUGCUCAGUGACAACAGGAACAUAUGGGAACCAUUCCUCAGGAGGCGGUGGACAUGGAUCAGACAUGUCCUGUGGAAGGAACAGCCUCUCGCGCGUGGUACUUCACUGGACACCUAAAGGGAGAACCUCCGUUGAUGCCCGAUAUGUUAUCUGGCAUAACGGAAAGUUACUACGUUAAUUAAGAGUUAAAAUGAUCGCAAGAGAUCAACACUGUUAUAUAUUGUUGGUGUUAUGUUCACCCCGACGUUUUCCUUUAUUAGGUUACACAAGCGAUGAUUGCUCUGUUCCUUCCCGAAGUCCACCUCAACUCAUCAGUGUACACAAUGGUGGAACAUGUGAUAUAAAGGCGUUUCACUGCAAGCAAGUCAGGCUGGUUGGUGAAGGUUUUCACAACUCAAGGGAACUGAUGUGCUCCUUCCUAGAAGUCAAGGUAAAUAUAUGCUUCUAAUAAGCCACAAUCAUUCCAGCAUAACCUGAAGUUAGUAUUGAUUUAGGACCGCUUAUAAAUGUACCAGCAUUAACUAGAUAACCGGUGGGAAGUUGUAUUCAUAUAUUGCACCUGUACUUAAGUGAUGUAGCCCCUCUUUCUUUUCUCAUUUCCUCUCGUGUUAUCAAGGAUGCCACAUUUGAAACUCAGACCUUCCUGUCCAAGGCCACAUAUGAGAGCUUCCGUGGUGUCACCUGCGAAAUGCCAAGAUCACAUGACACAGACAAGGCAUUUACAAGGUACCAAGUACGUGUGAGUAAUGAUGGUAGGUUAUGGAGCCAACCCGUUCCCCUCUUUAUCUUUGAUGGAGGUUGUCUUAAAUGUACCACUCGGAACAUGGGCUGUGAAAUUAAGGUUGGUAAGUAUAAACAACAUUUUUUCUCUUAAAAGUGAGUUUCUUCAGACAUUUACGGCGAUUUCGGAAAACUUCAUAAUCGAAAAAUCAAGUCUUUGUCUCUGUUUAGAGAACUUUUGUUUAGGUUUAAGUUGAGUACCACUUAAUAGCCGCAGUUAAUAACGAGAGAAACUAUAGAUUUUGAAUGCUGUGGCAUGUUACGAACCUUAAUACAAAAGGCAAGUCAAAACCAGCAAUAAAAAUAUCUAACUCAGAUACAACUAGUGAUUGAAAUAAACACAGGAAAGAAGCUGUGAGAGUAACGUAAAUUGUUUCUUGAUUUUAUAUUUAGAGUGAAACAUGCCAUAUUGAUGGACGUUGUUACACAAAAGGUGAAUCUAGUCCUCAUGAUCCUUGCAAGUGGUGUUCGCCGAUAAAUAGCCAGCAGGUAUGGACCGACAUAGCAUGUCAACAUGGCAAGUGCAAUGCCUCUUCUUGUGCGCAUGGUGUUUGCUUAGAUACAACCAUGGGGAGAUAUUUCUGUUUCUGCGAUGAGGGAUUUACUGGUGAAAAUUGUGAUAUUCCUGAAGAUCCUUGCAUUUUUAACCCUUGUGGAACUGGAAUCUGUGUUCAACUUGGAAGGACGUUUCGAUGUCAAUGUCCUCCGGGAUACGCUGGUGUUCAAUGCUCCGUGCCAGUCAACCCUUGUCAUUCAAAUCCCUGCAACAACGGAAGUUGCAUCACUAAUGGCACACACUUUAGUUGCUUCUGUGACGAAGGUUUCACCGGACCAUAUUGUGCAACAAGUAUUCAGAGUUGCUUGUGCAGUCACGGAAAAUGCGUUACUCGAAGUGGUAACCACGUUUGCAUGUGCGAGGAGGGAUUCACAGGAAAAUUAUGCGAGGUACCACAGCUAGGAGGCUGUGCUUUGAUGUCCUGUAAAAACGGUUCUUGUGUUGAUAAAGAAGGGCAAACCAAAUGUGUGUGCAACUCGGGAUACACUGGCUCUCUCUGUGAUAUUAAGAUAGGUUCCUGUUUUGAUCCACCAUCUCUCUAUGACGAUCAUAAUUCCACUUCAUGUUUGAACAAUUCGUGUGGAAAACGUUGCCACAUUAGUGAUCCAUGUGUUCCAAAUCUCUGCGUUAACGGGAAUUGCUCAAGAAAAUCAGAUGGGUAUCACUGUCUGUGUCACCAAGGUUACAAAGGAAGAUUCUGCAACGAGACCGCAGACCACUGCCUAAGCAAUCCUUGCAACCAUGGACAGUGUGUCGAUGAUCAGGGCACAUAUUUAUGCAAGUGUCCACCGGGUUUCAGUGGCGACACUUGCAAUGCCACUGUUGAUGUAUGCCAGCCUAAUCCUUGUCUUAACGGAAAUUGUAUCAUCGUGAAAGGUUCUUUUAAAUGCGACUGUCAUUAUGGCUUUGGCGGAACCCUCUGUGAUGAAAAGAUCGUCUUCGACCCAUGUGAUAAGAAUCCUUGCGAUAAUGGCAAAUGUGUUAGUGUCCAAGCGCUGAAAAGGAGUGUUCCGUCAUUUUAUUGCUUGUGUCGUGAAGGUUUUACUGGGCAAUACUGUCAAUCAGUUAUCGAUCCGUGCACUACCAAUCCUUGCAGGCACGGAUUAUGCAAAACAGAAAAUGAAAGUGGUUUUCGUUGUACAUGCUUUGAUGGAUAUCAAGGCGUUCUCUGUGAUACGAAGAUCAAUCACUGCCUUACUGGGCCAUGUGUAAAUGGUUCGUGUAUUUCCAGCAAUGCGUCUUUUAAGUGUUUGUGUCACCAGGGUUACAAAGGAAAGUUAUGUGAUCAAGCAGUAGAGAUGUGUCGGCCAAAUCCAUGUAAAAAUGGAAGUUGUCAUCAAAACGGGACAUCAUUCAAAUGUUCUUGUUUCGAAGGAUACACCGGAAACGUUUGUCAAACUAAGAUUACUAACUGUAGUUUGAAUCCGUGUAAGCACGGAAUUUGUGUCGACAGAGGGAAAACGUUUCAAUGUUAUUGUAAACGAAGCUAUUCUGGAAAGUUCUGUCACCAAAAGGUGAACCCAUGUAAGCCAAACCCUUGUAAACACGGCACGUGUUUGCAUAGAUACUCUUCGUGGUUUUCGUGUCGGUGCGAACUGGGCUACACAGGUAAAAAGUGCGAUAAGAAAAUCAACAUGUGUCAGUCACAGCCAUGUAAACAUGGCGCAUGCAUUAACUUGGGGAUGUCUUUUCGGUGCAGUUGUUAUCCUGGUUACCGUGGACGUCUUUGCGAUAAAAUUGAAACCUGCCAAUCUCGACCCUGUAAACGUGGUAAUUGUUUUCCUACAGGCAAUUCGUUCACUUGUGCGUGCCCAGAGAACUACACAGGUCGUUAUUGUGAGAAUAAGAUUGAUCCGUGUCAAUUAAGUCCUUGUAAACACGGCCGAUGUUCACUUGCGAACCAAUCCGUCAAAUGUACCUGUAACAAGGGAUACACUGGUGAACUUUGCCAAGUGAAGAUGAACCCUUGUUCCGAUAACAACUGUAAGCAUGGGAAGUGUAUAGCGCAUGGUGUUCAAUAUUCAUGUCAAUGCCUGCUGGGAUUUCGUGGGAAAUACUGCGAGACAGACAUCAACGAGUGCUUAGAGGCUCCCUGUUUUGUUGGUGUCCAGUGCACAAAUUAUCCCGGGAACUACAGUUGUGGCUCGUGCCCUGCUGGUUUCAAUGGCGAUGGUUUACGUUGUGAGAAGAUGACUCACCCUUGCAAAAAGUUAAACUGCUUUAGAGACGUACCGUGUGUCCAAAGAGGUCAGAGUUACAAAUGUGGAAAUUGCCCGCGUGGGUUUACAGGAAAUGGUGUUCUUUGUACUGGUAUGUUUGUUACUCAAAUGUUUAGAUUCUGAUUUAAAAUACCAAACGCGGUAAGACACUUAGGGUUUGUAGAGGAAAUCUUUACUUAAAAAAAACUAAUGUGAAAAUUGUGCUCUUGCGAGAACGAUAAUACUUGUCAUUCAUUUGAAAACCGUCGUACAGAGAUGUUUUGCAAAUGGACAAACGUGCGAUACCCAGCACAGUUUGAAAGGAACUCUGGGAUACAUAAGUAUAUUAUUUUUUUCUGUCAGAGAUAGAUGCCUGCUCAUCUAAUCCAUGCCAUCGCCUGGCUCAGUGCAUCCAGGAGAAGGGCUCCCCUAAGGGGUUUCGUUGUGGUCCUUGUCCUACAGGCUACAAGGGAAAUGGAAUCACGUGCACUUCUUUGUGCCCUGUUCCCUGCCCUUAUGGAAUGGAGUGCAUUGGACAUUUUGGUUGCAGGUAAGGUAAUUUAGCUAUGAGCUGGUAAAACUGUGCCACAAGUGGCGGAAACAACUUUGACCGUUAAUGAAUUUGGUGACUUGUUCCAAAACUAUGAAAUAUGGAAAUUCGUUCCCUAACGGAACUUGCUCUUCCAAAAAUAUUUUGUCAUAAUGCAUUGUCAAACACAAUUGGGCUUUAACCGAGGUGAUCGUAAAUUCGGUUCACGUGAAUCAGCGGUGUACUCCUUAUCACCCAACGUCGAUGAUUUCAUUUUUCCAGGUGUCCGAGAGGCUACCAAGGCGUUGGCUGCCAAACACCAUUUUGUCGAGCUGGUUGUUAUAAUGGCGGUACCUGCAUUAUGCCAAACUUAUGCGUUUGCGCAGAGGGUUUUGAGGGACCCGCCUGCUUGUCGCCUGUGUGUCGGCCCCCUUGCAGGAAUGACGGAAAUUGUAUCGGCCCGGGAAAAUGCCGCUGUCCACAUGGAUUUACAGGCCCGCGAUGCGAGAAAAAAAGCUGCCUGGUUACGUGUUUGAACGGUGGACGGUGUCGUGGACCCUAUGUUUGCCAGUGCAUGCCGGGAUACUCGGGACAAAGAUGUGAAAUUGGUAAAAUUGUUUUUCUCUGUAAAAGAAACACAACUACAAGUUCGUAGUUUCUCAAAGGGAAUCCCUACAUAAGUUUUCAUUAAUUUUACAAAAUCGUUACUGAAACAACAAUGGGCGUAAUUUUCAAUAUACAAAAUUCCCUGUUAUUAACUUUGUACUUACGGACAGAAGAAAUCUUUCAGGUACACGGUCAAAUUCGGCCAGUGGCUAAUCUUCCAGCAGUCGAUUUUCGUUUUCAGCGGCGAGAGAUGCCAUUACCAAAGCCACUGAAUUCGUAACUUUCGAUUUUUCUUUUCGCAUUCUUUUUUCUUCCCCUUUUAGAAAAGUUUAAACAUAACUGUCUGUAAGCAAUACGGGGUUUUCGGUGUUUUAGCAGCCAUGAUCCGAGAAAAUUUCGACAAACAACCUUGGAUUGAGAAUGGUGAAGACUUUACCGUUCAUUCAUCAACCUGAUCGAGUUGCACGAAGGGUGAGUGACGUGUCAGCAGCUGAUUGGUGAUAUCAAAGACACGAAAAAUAUCGUAUUUUCUCACCUCUCUUCUUACGGCUUUUCUCAGAGCUGGAAAUCCUUGUAUAACACCGUAGUUUAUAUGAAAAUUGUUUUUUAUCGAAGGAAAAAAAUUAGGCGUUCCAUUCGUCAAUUAUUAACUUAUUUCAUUUCCUGUAUUUAUCAUUUUACUUGCACAGCCCCUUGUACUCCUAGUUGUCAAAAUGGGGGCUUGUGUGUUGCCCGUGAUGUCUGUAAAUGUCCAGCGGAAUACAUGGGCGAACAAUGCCAAUACCCUCUGUGUAGACCUCCGUGUAUUAAUGGCGGAGACUGUGUUCGACCAAAUGUCUGCAUGUGUCCUGCUGCCUGGAAAGGAAAUCGCUGCCAGAUGCCAGUAUGCCAUCUCCCUUGUCUGAAUGGAGGAAAGUAUGUAUUCCUAUCCAAAAAAAUCCGCAAUGCGCACUUCCAGGAACACACCGGUCAAACGUAGGGCACGCGCAAGAGAUUCAAUUUUGGACGCCCACACGCCAAUCUCCCGCGCAAAAUUUCUCAGGAAAAAUGUGAAACUACUGCUGUCUCGCAAAAUAAGCGAAAGAAAAUUUAAACGUUGUGAAAAAUCUGUUGAAGGCAACAAAAAUAGGGAAGAGGAAAACUCUAGGCUUUUCGAGCACAUAGCUUAUUCAAGUAUAGGUAUACUCCUGUUUCACCAUUCAGUAUUGAGCUCCACCGAAAAAGUUAUGCGCAAGUAAGACACUUACUCACUUAGUGGCUUGUGUGAUUGUUUUGUGAGACUACUCCGCUCUGACGGCCUGAAAUCACACCAUUUAGUCAUUACAACGUUCGUACAUGCGCAGACAUUUGACCGCUGCGUUACUUCCAGGGGCUGAAAAACAUAUUGACGACUUUAUAACUGAUUACUUAUUGCCAUGAAGGCAGCGGCAUACCUUACAAAAUUAAUGUCUGAUCCUCUAAAAUGCCUAGCACGUGAACACAAGCCACGGAGUGAGUACCAUGCAAUUUUAUUGCGGUGAACAAAACUCGUAGAUAUGUUUAACAGAUUCUUUUCCACAGGUGUGCUCGUCCGAACCAUUGUACCUGUCCUUCUGGAUACACUGGCGUCCAGUGUGAAAAAGGUACACAAUAACUGAUAACCAAUCUCACUUUAGUUAGUUUGAGCUAGCUACAGGUCUGACGUUUUUAUCCCUCAAAUUGGCAGCUAUUUGUAAUCAGCCAUGUUUGAACGAGGGCCAGUGCGUUCGCCCAGGUGUCUGCGCAUGUGUCUUUGGAUUCACUGGUCGACAAUGUGAAGAGACAGGUUGGUGAUGAAUCAACUAAUUUGUGGUGCGAAAACGCGAAGAGAGUGCUGAGCCUGGCGAGAAGAUUAAUCGUUAUCUCUAUUGAUACCGUUUUUAUUUCUAUGUUUUCAUUGUUUUUCAGACCCGUGGUAUAACAAAAGAAAACACGAGAGCUGACGAAACCUGUCUGCUCAGAGGCAAACCCAGGGGACAUAUAGCUACUUCUUAGCUUGGCUUAUUUUGUUCGAUGGUUUUGUUUUUUUAAAGUUACUGAACACUUAUUUAACCAGACAUAGCACAUGCCGUUCGUACAGUAUGUAUCCAUAGAAGAACCUCACCACUGGUCUGUAUUUAUAUCUGCCUUUAGAAUCAUUUGAAGGGUAGGUGUAAGUUACAAUUCACUGGACAGGAAUUUUGUAACCCGUGACCUCCAUUUAUGUGUCUCGGCGGCAUUCGAUUGGCCCGUUACAUUGAUGCAUAUAUAAACAAUAACCUUCAUUUGGUGCGGAAACGUUCUCGGAAUUCGUCCGUGGACCUCUCUGUGAAAAAUUUCGCGAGAGCAAAGCUCGAAGAAAAUUGCGAGUUGCGAGGAAUAAAGUGUGUCCAAGGACAAAUGUUCUAGCAUAUUUUGAAGCCAAAUGGAGGCUAUUGCGUUUGUUUCCCUUUGAGUAUUUUUUCACAGCGCACGAAACUCUCCCUCAACCAUUAUUGACUUAAACAGGGAUCACCUUCAUCGCAAUUGAUUCAAUGCUCUAAUGCUGACGAAUAUCACUUGAGGUGUAUUUUUCUGUGUUUGCUGGAGUAUAUUCAAUCGCGUGACGCAUUUAUAUCACUCGCGCGCGAACGAAAAUAUUUUCUGGAUUAUAAUUCUUGUUUAUGUACACUGAUUAGCUUGGAAGUUCGAUUUAGAACACCAAAAC